AUGAUAGUAGAUGGACAGAAACCACCUCUUUACUUUAGUUUCGAGAGGAAAAAUUUACCAAAGGAAAAAGAUGGAGACAUUUCCAUCGAGGGCCAUCAUUCGAGUACAAGAGAAGAAUGGAUGACAGAACAAUCGAUGCUUGGCAUUGUGACANCCCUUCAUACCAAAAAUAUCAUCUCCAUGAUUGACUUCGAUAGCAACAGGAUACGAAAUCUAUCAACAAUGUCAGUCAAAGUUCAAGCAGAAAUCAUGAAUCUCGAUUUUAAUGCUAUAGAAAUCAUUGAAGAUUGGGCAUUUCACGGAUCUAAUAUCGCUAAACUAAGUUUAAAAGGAAAUCGCAAACUAAAGACAAUCGAAGACGACGCCUUUAAUGGUUUACAAAAUUUAAGGAAAUUAGAUUUAUCAGAAACCGCAAUAACGAAACUUCCAACUAAGGGUUUAGAAGAACUAGAAGUUCUAAAACUAAUGGACACUGUGACAUUGAAAGUUUUUCCUUCAGUAUAUCAUUUUAAAUAUAUUAAAGAAGCAUAUCUUACUUAUCCUUAUCAUUGUUGCGCCUUUAAGUUUCCUGAUACUCACGCUCCUCAAGAAUAUGCAAAAUAUCAAAAAUUAAAAGAAGAUACUCAAAGAAAAUAUUGUUCUCACGUCACAACUACUGUAAAUCCCUCGGAUACAGCUACGGAAGAAAACAAUUUAUUUUAUACUAUACAAAAAUUAUAUCGUAAAUUGCGUAGUUCGAACGAAGCAUCCAAAGAUAUAAAUUAUUCUUCCAUAUCCGAAAAUCCUUAUGGUCACUUCGUAUAUCUGUUAUCCGGAAAUACGACUUCCUACAGAUCAGUAGAAGUUCUAAGAGAUAUAGUUUCUGGAGUUUCUAAAUCUAAACCGGACGGGGUUAAGGGUAAAAAUUAUGACGAUACUGAGAUUGGAAUAUUUUAUCCAACCACCGUCUCAUUACCUCCAGAAACUCAAAUUCAAGCAUUUUGUGGAAAUUUAGCCAAAAAUUAUAGAGAUGUUAGAUGCUAUCCCGCACCCGAUGCUUUUAAUCCUUGUGAAGAUGUCAUGGGUAAUGUUGGUCUGAGGGUGGCCGUCUGGUUUGUAUUAAUCGCUGCUGUCUUGGGUAAUUUAGCUGUCAUGAUAGUAUUGAUGAGUACCAGGUUUACUAUGAGUGUUUCCAAGUUUCUAAUGUGUAAUUUAGCAUUUGCUGACCUUUGUAUGGGCUUUUAUCUUCUAAUCAUAGCAUCGAUGGACGUAUAUACUAUUGGAGUAUACUUCAAUUAUGCCAUAGAUUGGCAGCACGGUUCUGGUUGUAAAGUGGCUGGUUUCCUGACAGUAUUUGCCAGUGAAUUAUCUAUAUUUACUCUUACGGUUAUUACAUUAGAACGAUGGUAUGCGAUUACUUAUGCCAUACAUCUCAACAAACGAUUACGACUAGGAAUGGCUGCAAAGAUAAUGAUUUGUGGGUGGAUUUAUGCCAUAACAAUGGCGAGUUUACCUCUCGUAGGAAUUAGUGAUUACGCUAAAACUAGUAUAUGUCUCCCAAUGGAAAACAAAACUCGUUCAGAUUUAACCUAUCUCACUACGUUACUGACCAUCAAUGGACUUGCAUUUCUCCUUAUUUGUCAAUGUUAUGGAAAAAUGUACUUAUCUAUUACUCGACAGCAAUCAAGAGCCACAGCAAAUGACAAAACUGUAGCUAAAAGAAUGGCCAUGCUAGUAUUUACAGAUUUUGCCUGUUGGGCACCGAUAGCGUUCUUUGGUCUAACGGCUAUCGCCGGAUAUCCACUUAUCAAUGUCACCAAAUCUAAAAUUUUAUUGGUAUUUUUUUAUCCGCUCAAUUCAUGCGCCAAUCCUUUUCUUUACGCCAUCCUCACGAAGCAGUACCGUCGCGACUUCUUCAUUUUGCUCAGUCGUUAUGGUCUCUGCACCAAACGUGCCAUGAGGUACAAGGGGACCUACACGUGCAAUCGUGGAAUCAGAACAGGUACCUUGUGCCUCCAAAGAGGUAGAGGCGAUCGAAAGUGCAGAGGAGAUGACGGUCCUGUUUAUGAUGAUGGCACAAGAAGUGUUUCAUCUACAAUCGAUAUGCUCCCAGAAAUUGACGGAUCCUCCUGCGAAGUAGUACGUUUAGGAUCCGUAAGAAAACCAGGAGAUAAUUGCCGUCAGUUAAGUGUUGUCAGUGAAGAUAGCGCACCUUCAUCAGAAGAGGAAAGCAGCAGUCCUCUUCAUAAAGGUUCUCCCCAUCCCAUAAAAAAUAGUUGCACCAAAUUGAAUGUCCAUAGUCUGGAACAAGAGGAAAUACUGAAACGUGUAUUAGGAGAGUGUGACCAAAAGAAAUAUUUCACAAGCAAUGAAGUAAUCAUCACUAAUAGAAUUUUGCCUUUAGAAAAUGGAUGUUUUAUCCCUAGUAGAGAUUCUUCAGAGACUAAAAUUUAAACUACUCUUGAAUUUAGUUUCAUACAGUCUUCUUUCUGUGUUUGUAAAUGAAUAUUUAAAUUAUAAAUACAUUUAAGUAGAUUAAUUUAUCUUUCUGCGAUUUAUACAAAGUUAAUAGAAUAUGACAUUUGUUUUACUUCAAAAAACCUUAUUCUUUAGAUUCUAACAAAUUUGGAAUCUAAUUGUCAUGUCAUUCGUUUAGUUAAUCAUUUAAAAUUUAUAAUGUCGACAUUGUUUAAAAUAUUAAUAAAAAUAUUUAAAGUUGCGUGCUUGUUUGGCAUGAAGAUAGAAAAUGUCAUUUAAUUUUAUAAGUGAGAUUCUAUUUGGUGAGAAAUUAUCCAAAGUCGUCAUAAUUUCUGAUAUUUUGAGCUAUUCUGU